UACUUAUUUAUUUUGUCCUAACACGAUUCCUUUUUGGAUCUAUCCCCAUCCUCUCUCGAUCCAAUGGACCUACCACAACAGCUCAAGGCCGUAACUCUCACACACGUCCGUUACCGCCGCGGCGAUCACCUCGGCCAUUUCCUCGCCUGGAUCUCCCUCGUCCCCGUCUUCAUCAGCCUCGGCGGAUUCGUCUCCCAUUUCCUCUUCCGCCGCGAGCUCCAGGGGAUCUUCUUCGGCGUAGGCCUCGUGAUCUCCCAGCUCAUCAACGAGCUCAUCAAGACCUCCGUCGAGCAGGCUCGCCCCGAGACCUGCGCGCUGCUCGAAGCCUGCGAUUCGCACGGGUGGCCGUCGAGCCACUCGCAGUUCGUUUUCUUCUUCGCGACCUACUUCAGCCUGAUGGCGUGCAAAGGGAUCGGGUUCUGGUUCGGGCUGAGGAGCAGGUGGAUCCUGAAUCUGCUGCAUUGGUGUCUCGCGGUUGUGACUAUGUAUUCUAGGGUUUACUUGGGGUACCACACGGUGGCGCAGGUUUUCGCGGGGGCCGCGUUGGGGGGGAUCGUUGGCGGGAGUUGGUUCUGGGUGGUUAAUAGUGUGUUGUUUCGUUAUUUUCCGGUGAUUGAGGAGAGUGCGUUGGGGAGGAUGCUGUGUGUGAAGGAUACUUCUCAUAUUCCUGAUGUGUUGAAGUUUGAGUAUGACAAUGCUAGAGCUGCUAGAAACAACGCUAAAUCCGAUUGAUUUGGUCGUAAAUUCACUGUUAUAACGCUCAAAUGAACAUGAAACUCACAAGAGCCUUCUUCACACUUAUUAUUUAUUAAAGUCAUUGUUACAUCCCUUUUUUUACUAUUGACAUAUCUGUAUUGAAAGAUACAUUGCUUCUUUAGAUUAAAGAGAAAAGUUAUUGGUC